AUGAUCUCAACGAUGAUGGCACCUGCAAUCAACACCAUAGCAGAAGAGCUACAGAUGUCUAUCACCGAGUCGACCAUGGCCCUGUCGGUCUACGUUUUGGCGACGGCCUUUGGACCGCUGAUUAUCGGUCCUCUCUCAGAGAUCUAUGGUAGAAAGUCAAUCUUCCACCUGACUAAUGUUUGGUUCCUGGUGUGGAAUCUCGUCUGCGGCUUCGCCCACUCAAAGGGUCUGCUUAUCUCCGCUCGUUUGCUAGCGGGGUUCGGCGCCAGUGCAGUAUACACCAUUCUCCAGGUCGUUCUUGAGUUAUCCUCAUCACUUUUAUUCAACGAGAGCUACGCGCCACUCCUUCUUCUUCGUCGCCUAGCCGCGAAGCUGCGGAAGUACACGGGCGAUCACCGCUACCAUGCCGAAAUCGAGAGGCGCGAACCAGGCCGUUCGCCGUUUUGGAAGCUGUGA